AUGCACACAUUUUGCACAUUACCUGUCGAACUUGUUUAUCGAAUUAUGGAUCAUCAAAAUCAGCAGACGCUAUUUUGUUCAAUGCAAAACGUUUGUCGAAGGUUCAAUCAGAUCUUGAGCACUUACGAGCGAUAUCGAACACUCACCACACUAGACCUCGGCAGCAACAUAAUCAGUGGUAAAGCAGCACAAUGCAUUGCGGAUGCGUUGCGAACGAAUACGACACUCACCACACUAGACCUCCGCAACAACGGAAUCAGCGAUAAAGGAGCGCAAUGCAUUGCGGAUGCGUUGCGAACGAACACAACACUCACCACACUAGAUCUCCGUGACAACGGAAUCGGUAGUAAAGCAGCACAAUACAUUGCGGAUGCGUUGCGGACGAAUACGACACUCACAACACUACACCUCGGCGGUAACGAAAUCGGCGAUGAAGGAGUACAACACAUCGCGGAUGCACUGCGAACGAAUACGACACUCACCACACUAGACCUCGUAUAUAACGGAAUCGGCGGUGAAGGAGCACAAUACAUCGCGGAUGCGCUGCGAACGAAUACGACACUCACCACACUAGACCUCAACUUGAACCAAAUUGAUGAUGAAGGAGCACACCACAUUGCGGAUGCAUUACGAACAAAUAUGACACUCACGACACUAGAUCUCCAUUUGAACCAAAUCGGUGGUAAAGCAGCACAACACAUUGCGGAUGCAUUGCAAAGGAAUACAAGCAUCAAGGCGGUGUAA